AACUGCGUGGUUUUAUUGCAUUUUGCAUUAUAAGUAUCAUUAUUAUAAUUGUUGCUAUCAUAUCCGAUCCCUCCAGUUCCACUACGACAGCGGCGGCGGCGGGCGGACGACGGGCUAUUAUAUUAACGGUUCAUUAGCUCAUGACCAGUUCCAGUUCUUGCUACUCUUGCUCUGGUCUCCCCCCAUCUCCGUCGUCUGUCUCCAUCCAUCAUCUUCCCUUUCUUUCUACUCCCUCUUCACUCUUCACUCUCCCUCUUUCGCGUUCGCUUUCACCCUCUAGACUCGGAUUCUCGACCACUCUCGCUCCUCCUCUCCUCCCCCCUCCUCCCCUCUUGCCUCUCCACCGUCUGUGCCUUGUCCUUGAUUCUCAACUCCAGCGCCCCUCAAUUCACCCCACCACCAGCCAACAAACGUGCUCAACUCCUCCCUCUCUUCCAACUUCACCUCUUCCUCUGGUCUCGGUCUCUCUUAGCUUCUUCCCCUUUCUGCAGUUUACCUUUCCUCUUAAGAUUGUGACUUUCUUCCUUUCCCACUACGAGUCAUCUCUAUUCAGGGCUCUGCCUGCCGCCUGCUCUUACCGGAUCGAUACAAACGAUUCUCCCUCGGGAAUGGCCUGAGGUGUGCCCCGCGUCGACGAAAUCCUGCCUUGUUUUCUUGCUCUUAGAUCCGCUUCGGUAGCUCGCUUCUGCACACCCGCUGCAAGAAAAAAAAAAACUUGCACUUUUGAAAACGAUCGAGACCAAUCGAAGUCGCAAUUGACUUCGACACCUUAUUUCCC